AUGACACCAACCAAAAACGAAAUUUCCUGUAUUCAUACUACUUUACAAGAUGCACAACACGAUCAUCUACUUAUUCAAGCUGCUAUUAAGGAAAGAUUUGCUGCUGCAAUAGAGGCACUUGAAGAUGAUGAUCCAAAAACGGGAUUUUUCAAAACAAAAAUAGAUCAAAAGCCUUUAAAUGUUCUCGAAAAUGAAUGUCAAAAGCUUUUCUCAAAUAUAGUUCAUCUUUCCGAACGUCACACACUCGCCACUUCUAUUUAUCAUCUAUUCAAUCCACACGAAACAUUAGACCUUACAUCAACAAUAAUAAAUGAUAAUACUCGAUCGUUAGCUUCUCUAUGGCCUAACACUGAAUCACGUUACACAAACCACAUGACUAGAGAAAAGGGCAGUAAGCCACGACAAUGGAGAAAAGAAAUGAAGCGAUUGAAUGAGUCUUUACUUGAUUUACCAGUCUUGAUUAAUACUAUAAAACAGAAUAAAGAUGAAAAUAUUCAACAACAAAAAACCCAAUAUACAGAAGAUCUAUUAGCGGAUUGGUAUUGGGCAUUAAAAUAUCAUGUGUUAUCAAUGCAGCAAACAAGAAAGAUAUUCAAAGGGAAGGAUGAUGAUCAUGUAGAACAAACAAAGCGAGAUUCAGCAAAAGAUUCGAUCGCAUUUGAUAUAUCAUAUUCGCCUAAAGUCAUCAUGAAACAGCCAAAGAUAAAAUCAAAAUCCGAAGGUGAUACCAUAGUAAAACAACUUCAAUUCAGUACACGACAUUCAGGGCAUGUUAUCGUUGUGCGAAUCAUUUCAGGUCGAAAUUCGUCAUCACAAUACUCGAUACACUUUGACUAUCAUCUGCCGAAAUCAUUUUGUGCUUUUGCAUCAUUUGUUUCUAUAAUCCUCCAUCAGCAACUAAAUAAAAAGCAAGGCAUUCCUGAUGCGACAACUACGGGGAAAUUAGCACCAUCAUCAUUGCCCGAGUUUAUUAGUACAAUUAUAUGGCCAGAGAUGGUGGAAGAGUUUGGGAUUAAUUGA